AUGGAACAAGAAUACUGCAUGCUUGAAGAUCACACGUUUCGCUUGCUGUAUGGAGGUAAGUUUAUUUUAGGGAAGUCCUUAUUCUUGCUUCUAAUUCACAGAGCUAUAUAUUGGGUUUUUUUAAUGUUUCCAUGUCAUUUCUGUAACAAUUUUAGUUACCUGUAAACGUUAAGGUUUUCUUUGGCUGAUAAAUAUUCUUUUCGCGUUGUAGAUGUUUGCCAUUUGACAAAUAAUAUUUUGUCUGAAGCGACGUAUGAUUUUCAGAAUCAUUGUGCCAUGAAGUGUUUGCAAUAUCCAUUCUGUACCGGAUACAAUUUUAUGAAAAAGCACCAGAAAAAGACUCCAAACUGCCAGUUAACACACACACUGGAUCACAACUUUCAUGAUUGCAACGCUGAUGACAAAGGCUGGAUAUUUUAUCAUCCCGUUGCUCCAAGAAAGGUACGUACGAAACUGCAGUAAAAUAUAGUUAAUAAACUUUGCCCGAAUUGGUUUCUUAAAUAGCUUAUUUAUAUAAGCGAAAUUAGGUUAAUUUUGCCCAAGCUGCAAGUCAAAAAAAUGCAUGAGAAUUUUGGGAUCUUCACAAAUUUUCCUAUUAGCUAUACUACCUUAUUGUUAUACAGCUAGAGUAAACGCCAAACGUAACCGCCCAAACUGGCUACUUGUAUAUAUAAAUAAACAAAAUUUGGGCAGAACUCGCAAAUUUAGAAACUACGAUUUUCCAAGUUUGUAUUAAAAUAAAGAAUGUAUAAAAGAGAAGAAAAAUACACAGCAGGUAACAGGAUAUGCUGCUGAAACCGUUUAUAUAAGUAUAUAGGUUAGUUUACAGUUUAAACUCAUUUACAUGCAUAGAGUUUUUGUCAUGAAAUACAAUAAUUUAUUGUUCUAUAAAUGUUGUUGAUAUUUAUUCUGUUACUAUAUAACAAAACAUUUAGCAUGCGAGUGACGACGUAGAUCAGUAGAUGUGUUGUGUGCUUGAUUUACACAGUACAACUCAAGUUAUAAGCAGGUUGGCGACAGUUUUAGGCAAAAGUUGUGUAGUGUAAAAUCGGCCUAUAGAAUGGUUUCGAGUCCAAAUUGAACUCGUUCUUUGGACUCGAUUAUAUUUAUAAGAACACUAUGUGCUUUUGAUACACUAUAUUGCAUUAUUUUAUUCUAUAUAGUCACAGAAUUCUGUGAUAUAGUUCCGAAAAAUUAAUAUUUUAAUGAAAAAAGUUAGCUAUGUUUUAAGGACAUCCACUGCGGUAUAUAUUAUCAAUUAAAACUCGUUUUCAUUUAAAAAUACUGUUAACUUGUGAUGUUAUUCUGUUAUUUCAGCUUAAUCAAAUAAUUAAAUUUGCAUGCAGGCUGAGUUUCUCUUACUUUACCGUGAGCUGAAUUCUAACAUAUUCGCUUCACAGGUUCCAUGUCAUAAAAUGAAGAAUUGUAAAAAUGGGGGAAAGACGAUCAUUUAUCUCAAAGAUGCAGGACCUGGUUCUGAUCCUUACAGGUGUGAAUGUCCAAAGGGAUUCAGUGGAGAUCUCUGCCAAAUUGGUGAGUUGUUAAAGAAAAAGAUUGUUGCACAAGAUACAGAAAUAGAAUAA